GAUUUUAUGUUACAGUGCCAACUGAAGAGGAGCUGUGCUUGAAAUAUGUUUUGGCAAAUGUAAGAAAUUGUCAAAUAAAGGAUGUUGCACAACCCUCUUUAAUCCCUUUUUCACUACAUGCUAACUUUACUCCAUUGUACAAAGUUUGUCUGGGUCUUCCUCUCUUUUUCCUUUUUUUGGAUUGUAUUCAUUGACAUUUUCGGGAGUGAAGAAAUAACUAGAUCAAGAAAAAAAGAAUAUAUAAUGCUAUUGUUAAAAGCAUUCUGUUAUAUGGGGUGGAGAAUGACUGCAGAAGAGAGGAGAAAAGUAACAAUGGUUGAAAUGGAUGUAUUGAGAAGAUUGUGCAGAAUCUCAAAAAGAGAAAGAAUAAUUAUGUAUUUAAUAUAAUAAAUUAUUAUGCUAUUUAAGCUUAUUAAUUUUAUAUAAUAGUUUAUUAAAUCAUUAAUCAUUUUUCCUUUAAACUAUUCUAAAUAAAUUAUCUUAUCAACGUCAACAUUUUAGAUAAUUAAUUAUGGUCGGAUUUAUGGUGCUGGUCAACCAUUUGCCCAGCAGUUAUUAAUGCAAUUCAAUCAUCAUCUAACACCAGAAGAUGCUAAACAGAAAGCUAAAAAAAUGUAUACAGAAACUAAAGGAAUUAGAAAACUAGUUAAUGAGUUUGAAGAUGAUAAUGAUGAACAAGAUACAAUUUUAACAAAUAAAUUUAAAAAAAGAAAGUGGAUAGGUGGAAGUGAAUCACAUAUGUUUAACAAAUUAGAAGAAAUUGCACAAUCUUCAGAACCUCGAACACCAGUGCUUGGUUGUCGAAUCAGUAAAGCCUUAGAACCUGAAACUGUGGAUAAAAACGUAUGUAAUAUUUGUGUUAAUUUUUUGUCUUUUUACAAAUUUUCCAAUUUUUUUAAGAAUAUGUCAAAACAAUGAAUCUUGCUUACAAAAGAAAAAUCCAGCUCAUAACAUAAAAUGAUGGAGAAAAACAAACAUUUUCAAUUGUCUUUAGCAAUCAUCUUCAAGUAAAAAACAUAUACUAUGGAAAUGGAUAUCAGAAUAGAACAAGAUACAGAAAGUUAUAAUUUUAAAAAUAAAACGAAUAAUAUCUGAAUGACAGUCGAUGGUCAUGUGGUUGUAUCAGGAUGUAAAAAAGUAAUAUUAAGGCUGACAUUUAUAGUCUCUUCAACUUUGCCAAUAAUAUUUUGAUAAAAUAAAAUUUUUUGGCAGUUUUAGAUUAGUUGAACCUAGUACUUCAAUAGCAGUGUAAACAAGAAUUUUGUAUAAUUUUUGAACUAAACU